AUGGGCCAGCAAAUUCUCUUCUUGAGAGUUUACUGGUUCAAUAAGCUACAAACGUCAUACAGCACCGGGAUCAGCAGAGUCGUACUGGGACAAAACUUUAUCCAAGAAGGUCCUGGGGUGCGUGCCGGCGUACCAUCAGAAGCAGUUUCUUUUACAUUAUUCACUUUAGUGCGAAUGCCGCCGGGGAAAGGCACGGGUCCUAGAUAUAGUAACAGCCAUGCCCUCCAGUGGUGGAAAUUAGAUUUGGCAGCUGAGGGGACUCAGAGAGGCGAACAAAAAUCCAUGUCCUGCCACCUACGAGAUCCAUUGUAA